UCUCAACUCUCUAAAAACCCUAUCACCCCGCGUCCGAUCAACGCUUCAAAAAUCCAAAUUAUAGUAUCCGGCUCUCUCUCUCUCUCUGCCCUCAAUUUUUUUUUUCUUCUUUCCUUCAUUUUCUCUCUCUAGAAAAAAAAUCAAAUACGGAUCCACCGCCUUCGAUCCGAACCCUGAAACCCUAUUCCCUUCUCUCUAGAUUUUGUUCUUAUCUACACAAACUAUGCCAAUGAGGAAGGGAGCCAAGAGGAAGAGAGUCCAGAAAGACAAAGAAGAUGAAGCAAAAGCUUCUUCUUCUUCUCAAGAAAAUCACAAGCAGGAAUCCACCAAAGCUCCUACGCGAGCUAAAAGCGUCAAGGCCUCUAAACCCCAACCUGAGCCUGAAUACUUCGAGGAUAAGCGAAACUUGGAAGAUCUAUGGAAGGAAGCAUUUCCUGUUGGGACAGAGUGGGAUCAAUUGGAUUCAGUGUAUCAAUUCAACUGGAAUUUUUCCAACUUGGAAGAUGCAUUUGAAGAGGGAGGCAUUCUACAUGGAAAGAAAGUUUAUCUAUUUGGUUGUACAGAGCCUCAAUUGGUCCCUUACAAGGAUGAACAGAAAGUAAUUUGCAUACCUGCAGUUGUGGCGAUUACGUCUCCCUUCCCUCCUUCUGAUAAGAUUGGAAUUAACUCAGUUCAGAGGGAGUCUGAAGAAAUAGUUCCCAUGAAACAAAUGAAAAUGGAUUGGGUUCCAUAUAUUCCUCUGGAGAAUAGAGAGAGUCAGGUUGACAGACUGAAGUCUCAAAUUUUUAUUUUGAGCUGCACUCAGAGACGGUCUGCUUUGAGACUUUUGAAGAUAGACCGUGUUAAGAAAUAUGAGUACUGUCUGCCUUAUUUCUAUCACCCUUUUAAGGAAGAUGAGCUUGAACAAAGCACUGAAGUUCAGAUAAUUUUUCCAGCAGAACCAAAGCCGGUUUUCUGUGAAUUUGAUUGGGAGUUAGAUGAGCUCGAGGAGUUUACUGAUAAUCUAAUCAAGGAGGAGGAAUUAUCUGAAGAUCAAAAAGAUGCAUUCAAGGAGUUUGUCAAAGAGAAAGUUCGAGAAGCAAAGAAAGCUAACCGAGAGGCGAGGGAAUCCAGGAAAAAGGCCUUGGCAGAAAUGAGUGAGGAAACCAAAAAAGCAUAUGAAAAUAUGAGGUUUUACAAGUUUUAUCCUGUGGAAACCCCAGAUACUCCUGACAUAUCAAAAGUAAAGGCUCCAUUCAUAAACAGGUAUUACGGCAAGGCUCAUGAGGUUUUCUGAUUACAAUCGAGUAGGAGCAGCAUUGACAGAGAAUGCUGUAAAAGUUUGCUUUAGCUGCCAAAAGGUUGAAUUUGAAGAUUUUGUUUACCUCGAAGAAGUUGGGAGGCAUACCUCUGGUGCCCUAUGAUACAUUUCUUUCAUCAAAGCUUUAGGUAUCAUAGUCAAAAGGUGUAAACUCUUAGUAUCAGAAUUUUUAGAUAUAGACAAUUGGAGGUGGCCAUCGCUAUAGGAAGCAUUUUGUAAGAUACAAUGUUGAGGCUUUUGAUAAUUUCAGUGUCUGGUUGAGCUGCAGGUGGUGAAAUUUCCCUGUCUUGCUCGAGUUUAUCUUGAUUUCCCUUGUAUCUCUCUCAAAUCUUUUGUUCUCAUACCAUGUUAUUACUUCUUGUAUGACCAAAAGUAAUACUUGAGAGAAGGUGAAUAAUGGAUUUAGUUUAUUUUUUAAGAA